UGGUAAAUGGCGGAACAAGUAUACACAUAAAAAAUUAAAUUGCAGCACAGCACCCGCAACGCACACAUAUAUUUAUUUAACGGAGUUCCCAAAAAACAAGGAGCGGUGUGUGCGAAGAGCAAUUUAGCAGAAACACCAGCGGAAUAAGUUGCACAACCGUUAAAUAAGUAUGAACGGGGGAGGUGGAGGAUGUGGAGGAGCAAUUGGGAGCAAUGGCUCCAGCACCAAUGUGACAGCUGCCGGGAGCACUGGAGGCGGAAGCGCAGGCGACGAGACUGGUGGAGAUGCCAGCUCCAGACGCCAGGCGACACGGGUGUUUAAAAAGAGCUCCUCUAACGGCAAAAUAACGGUUUACCUUGGUAAACGGGACUUUGUCGACCAUGUCACACACGUGGAUCCCAUUGAUGGCGUUGUGUUCAUUGAUCCAGAGUACGUAAAGGACCGAAAGGUUUUUGGCCAGGUGCUUGCCGCCUUUCGCUACGGACGCGAAGACCUGGAUGUUUUGGGAUUGACAUUCCGUAAGGACCUGUAUCUGGCGCAUGAGCAGAUCUAUCCACCCAUGCAGCUGGACCGUCCGAUGACCCGGCUUCAGGAGAGGUUAAUUAAAAAGCUGGGACCGAACGCCCAUCCGUUUUAUUUUGAGGUUCCGCCCUAUUGCCCAGCAUCAGUGUCCUUGCAGCCGGCUCCUGGAGAUGUUGGAAAAUCUUGCGGAGUGGACUACGAGCUUAAAGCCUUUGUGGGUGAGAACGUGGAGGACAAGCCCCACAAGCGGAACUCGGUGCGUCUGACUAUUCGCAAAGUCAUGUACGCGCCCUCCAAAGUCGGUGAGCAGCCAUCAAUCGAAGUAAGCAAGGAGUUUAUGAUGAAGCCGAACAAGAUCCAUUUGGAAGCUACGUUGGACAAGGAACUAUACCACCACGGCGAAAAAAUAUCGGUUAACGUUCAUGUGGCUAACAACUCAAAUCGGACGGUAAAAAAGAUUAAGGUAUGUGUCCGGCAGUUUGCGGAUAUUUGCCUCUUUUCGACGGCGCAAUAUAAAUCUGUUGUGGCCGAAAUCGAGUCAGAAGACGGAUGUCAAGUGGCUCCGGGAUUUACACUGUCGAAGGUAUUUGAGUUGUGCCCACUGUUGGCAAAUAAUAAGGAUAAAUGGGGCCUUGCUUUGGACGGGCAGCUUAAGCAUGAAGACACCAACUUGGCGUCUAGCACUCUCAUUACCAAUCCUGCCCAGCGAGAGAGUCUUGGUAUUAUGGUGCACUACAAAGUGAAGGUGAAGUUGCUGAUUAGCUCGCCCCUGCUAAAUGGUGACCUUGUGGCUGAGCUGCCAUUUACACUAAUGCACCCCAAGCCCGAGGAGGAAGAGCAUCCCCUGUUGGGGGAGCGAUCGCCACGGGCUAGUAUAGCAGGCGGGGGUCUGCCGUUAGUAAGCAUGAGUGAUGUUUUAGAAAAUGAUUCGGUGACUGGCGGGCAGGAUGUGCCAACCACAACAAAUCUCAUCCAGCUGGACGACGAGGAGGCACAAGAUGAUGACAUAAUUUUUGAGGACUUUGCCCGCCUGCGCUUGAAAGGCGCUGAAACAGAGGCCUAGAUAAAAAAGGAAAAGAACGAACUAUUAAUUGAUAUGAAGAAAAUACUACCAUAAUUUUCGGCAUUUGUAUAUUAUAAAAAACUAUAAAAAAAAUUGCACACUCGUUAAAUGUAAAGUUUUAUACCAAUAGCCAUGGUCAACGGUUGGAUAUAAGCUAUUUUAUAUGUGUAGGCAAUAUGUUCUAGUAUCUAUAGGGCUUAAGCUGAAAGUGUACGAAUUUUUAAAUGUGAAAUUGUUUCACCAAUCAACACACAAAAUCUACACAAAUUGCACGUGCAUAAGUUAACUAUAUUUCGGCCACACUUGUAAAAGUUGAAAGAAUGCACAAAAUCCACAAAUUUGUAUUCGAUAUGUAAAUGUUGUAUAAUAUUAUUUCUUAUUAAAAGCCGAAUCCCAUGAUAAAAACGCGAAAACAAAAAUUCAUUUACAAAAAGAAUUCUAACAAUGUUUUUUACGCCUUUCCUCUUUUGGGACACAGUCAUUGCCUUGCAAUACAUUGAUAAUUUAAAUGCAACUAAUGAGGUUUUUGUUAUAUAAUAAAAUGGUUGAUAGAUUUAAACGGAAAACCUUGACGCACUUUAAAUAACAUUUACGCCAAAGUUUAUAGAGAAAAUGAAAUCCUUAUUUAGAAAUAAAACAAUUGGUUUUAUGAUGGCUCGAGGGAUGGUUGUUUUAUUAAUAUUCUUUCAAUAUUUUAAAACUGCUUUGUUUACAAAAUGUAUUCCUUGAAUAAUAACAUAAAUAUCCAGACCUCAAAACAGCUAAAAACCAAUAGUUUGGAAUUUAUUUAAUUAAAGCCAUGCAUAGAAAAAAAAACUAUUCUUACAAAUAUUGUUUUGUAAAUUUAACUUUAGCACAGAAUUAUUAAGCCCGUUACUCGAAGAGUGGAAGGGUAUACUAGAUUCCAUUUCCGACCAUGUAAGGUAUACAAAUUAUUAGUCAAGUUCUCAAGCCGAGUCAAUCUGGCCAUGUCCGUCUGUCCGUAUGGACGCUGUGAUCUUGGGAACUAUAAAAGCUAGAAAGUUAAGCUAGAAUGCAGUUUUUAGAGACGUAGACGCAGCCCUUGUUUGUUUCAGAAGAUAGCCGCGUCUACUCUGUAAAAUUUCUUUCUAGCUACACCACUAGCUUGGUAACGGGAAAUUGAUACUCUUCGAAAUCAACUAUAACGUUCUCUCUUGUAAUUGAAAGUGAAAUGGUUUCCUUGGCACGCCUUAGAGCAUUCUAAACUAAAACACUAAUUUACUGAUUUUUCUUACGGAUUUGUGUUAAAGAUUCAAGCUCUUUGUUAUUAAAACCGCUUUUGGCAAAAGUCUACACGAUGCGAGCCUUGACAGGCUAAAAUAGCUUAUCAUUUUUCAAACACUUUUGGAAAAUACCUUUCGUGUAGGACAGAAUUACUUAGAACACCAAUUUCUUUCUUAACUUAACAAGGUCCGAAUCGAAAUUCGUCAACGAAAAAUGCUACACAAGUAAUAAAUUCGUAAAACUAUUUUAGAGUUAAAAUUUCAAAACGUGAUCAUAACAUUUCCAAAUGUAAACCAAACAAGAGAUGACGAAAUAUGAUUUCUUUUAUAGAAGUAAAAAUACAAAUAAUUGAAAUUGAGGGUUAAAUUGCGAACUUAAGCUGAAAUUAAAUUUUAUUGCUCUAGGAUGCCCCAAGCAACACAAAUCAUUGAAACAAUGUUUAUGUGGUCAAAAUUUAUAUUAUUAUAUAAAUUCUCUUUUAUAGCACGUGUACAUGUGGAAUUAGUAUACACUCAAUGUAUAGGUUUGUAUUUUUAAUUUUUAAAUGAAAAAUAUUGGAAAGAGAUAUAACUUCACUUAUAUUAACGUGCAUCACAAACUUGUUAAAUGUAUACAAAUAUAGUAAAACAAAUUCCAAAAAGUUUAGAGCAAUUAAUAUUUAUAAACAAAUAUUCAAAUGUGAACAGGAAAGGUGCAUUAUAUAACAUAAUGUGAGUAUUAUAAAUGUAUAAAGAGAUUAGAACAUACCAGCAAGUGUGAAGCAUUUAAAUCGAAAAUAAUAUAUAUAAGCGUGUCCCCUAAACAAUAUCAGCAAGUGAAAAGUUGUAACGAUCUUUUCUGCAGUUGAACCACCUGAACAUAUAAAUUACACCAUAAAUAGUUUUUCAAAACAAACAAAAACUCAAAUAGUUUUUUUUUAACAGCUGUGUCUUUUUUUCGGUCUUCGUAAAAUUAUUAUCAAAUGCUUAAAAAAAAUAUAUGAAUUAAGAAGAACAAUUCGCAUUUAGUUUCCGAUAAAAAUAUUGCAAUGAUAUUGCAGAAAGAAUCACAGAAACUAUCAAUCUAGCGUAAUUAUCGUGUUCAACGGGUCCAACUGCAAUAUGAGCAACAACACUUUUGUACUGUGAGUUACAUGUUUUUAUUAUUUUUUAAACUGGCGUAAUUUUUAGGAAGCUAAGCUAACUUUUAACAUAAGUUGUAAUCGUUUUGAUAAUACCUUUUAAAAAAUAGCAUAUAUAUUUACAUGUGUAGCUGGUUAAGUGGUUAAAACCUUUAAAGCCAGCUCAAAAAAGGCAUAUAUAUUUAUAUGUGUAAAGCUAGCACAAAAAAUUGAAAAAAAAUGUCCCAUUUAUUUUUAAAAUACGUUUUUGUCUGGAUCUGCGAUGCAUUCAAUUUGAUAAAUAUUUAAUUUAAUGUAUGUAUACAACUAGGCGAUUUAACAUUUGCCACGGUAGUCCACGCAUCAAGCAAGCGAACCAAACAUAAUAUGAAAUAACUACCUACCUACUCAUGAUUAAUAUAUAAACAAAA